ACCCACUAUUGAUGAAACUCAUUUUGCUCAUAAAUGUUCCGAGCGGUUAUUACAUGUACUUGCGUAUUCAUCGUUUAUGGAAAUUACCCUUGUAGAGAAGGCUGAGUACAACCUUAUGUGUAAGAUAUAAUUGGUGUUAAAAUUAACUUAUAUUACCCCCUUUGCACUUUCCAUUUCUGUUACAACUUACACUACCCAUCUUCACUCGUUUUUCUCUCUGAGUGUUACAAUUGAAGUAUCUCAGGAAAGCAAAUACGGAAGUGGUAUGUGAGACCUUUCCAAUUCCAAAAUCGUUCAGUAAGUUCAUUGGAUUCCUCAUCCCUUUCCUCAUGAAAAGCAAUUCUAUAUACGUGUACGAACGAAAUACAUACAAGUGCACUAUACCAACUGGUACACGAGACGACUUUCCUAUUUUGUAUUCGAUCCGUAUGCGCACUUGCAUAUAACAAAAAUGGCAAUCACAAAUAUUGAUGAUGAUGCGGCAGAUUCGGAUUCGCAUUUCAAGAAGAGAGAGGUAGAAGAGAAGCAGAAGCGCAUUUACUUUAAAAGAGGGGACACAGCUACCAAAACUUGUAUCGGUAUCUUUGACGAGAGACAACACCAGACUGAAGAAUUCGAAUUCGAGGAACGACGAGGACGCUCAAAAAAUAGGGUUCGCACUCGUGUGGUAGAGGUUCUGGGUGAGAGUGGUGAGGGGGUUCUUAGAAGAGAGGAUCUUGAUUUCGAGGGGUACUUUGAAAGUAAGGCGGAUAUGGCUUCAUGGAGUGGGCAACCUGCUAUUAAGGGGAGUACGGAGCAGAUGCGCAUGGCAUUGUUGACGUUUUCUUUGGUUGGAUUGCAGUAGGUUUUUCUGAAAAGAAUGAGGGACUACUGCAUUGACUAAUUUAUUAUGCAGAUUUACUUGGGGUAUUGAAAUGACCUGUAAGCCGAAUGCUGUUGCAGUUCAUGGAAAAUACUGACAGAUCGACCUGAAUAGAUUGCACUCCAUAUUUACUUUCACUGGGUCUUACGAAAUCGAAGACUUCUUUAGUAUGGGUCGCGGGGCCUUUAUCUGGAUUGAUUAUGGCACCGCUUGUGGGGGCAAUGGCAGAUCGAUCGCGCUCGAAAUGGGGUAGAAGGAGACCCUAUAUGGUGGGCGCUUCUAUCCUUGUCGCAUUAUGCUUGUUGGUUCUGGGAUGGACAAAGGAAAUCGUAUCGCAUUUUGUUGAAGAAGGGGAUUUUAAUAAGAGUUGUACCAUACUUUUGGCCGUGUUGGCAAUUUAUGCUGUGGAUUUCGCUAUCAAUGCUGGUGAGUUUGAUAUUUUCUGGUUGUGAUGCAAAUGUUAAUGGAAAAUAGUUCAAUGGAGUUGCCGAAGUCUAAUCGUAGAUACAUUACCCAUACAGAAACAACAAGCGGGGUCAUCAUGGGGUGAGUUUGUUCUUCUUAUUUUUAGCUAUCCAAACAUUGACACUUUUCAGCCAGCAGAAUGGCUGCUCUGGGACACUUGGUCGGGUAUGCUAUUGGUACAGUUGAUCUUGUCGCUUGGUUUGGUCCUUCGAUGGGUGAUACUCAAUUCAAGAAGCUCAUUCUUAUUGCGGCAUUUGCACUUAUAUUUUGCGUGGGUGUCACAUCAUGGGCUGUGACGGAACGUGUUUUAAUAUCUAGCAAAGACUCUGACAGUCAAUCUGGACUACUCAAAAUCACUCGACAAAUAUAUAGAACAACAGUGUCAGUUCCGCCCAAAAUACAGGCUAUCUUAUGGUGCCAAUUUUGGAGUUGGAUUGGAUGGUUUCCGUUCCUAUUUUAUGGUACCACAUUUGUUGGCGAAACAUACUUCAGAUAUGAUGCUCCACAUGAAAUCAAAGAGUCAAAAGAUGCUUUGGGUGAUAUUGGAAGAAUUGGAAGCAUGUCUCUCGUUGUAUUCUCCUUCGUUUCAUCUUUCGGAUCAUUCCUUUUACCUCUUUUGAUCAAGUCGCCGGAUGAAGAUAAUUUCACCCAGCGACCACCAGCAAGCAUUGCUCGGUUUGUUCAGGCUUACAACAAACAUAAGCCAGAUCUUCUUGGAGCUUGGUUUGUUGGACAUUUGAUGUUCUCAUCAGCUAUGUUCUUAGCACCUUUUGCGUCCUCGUUCCGAUUUGCGACGUCAUUAAUUGCAUUUUGUGGAUUGUGAGUUUUCUACGUUCUUGACAUUUACUCCAUUUUCAUCAACUAAUAGCCCUUAGACCAUGGUCUGUCGCAUCUUGGGCACCAUAUGCGUUCCUAGGUGUCGAAGUAAACAAAAUGAGCGGAUUGCCGUCUUAUAGUCGUCUCUCCACUACCGACCGUGAUAUCGAGCUUGAGUCACCAACCUCUCCCCCAUCACCAUCUUUACUCCGUCUCGAACAUGGAUCCUCCGGGGAAAAGGAAGAUGUUGCAUCCACUGGCGAACUUUCCGGAAUCUACUUUGGGAUUCUAAAUAUUUACACUACAAUUCCGCAAUUUAUUGGAACUUUCAUUAGUAUGAUUGUUUUCAGUAUAUUAGAACCAGGGAAAAGUCCGGAGUUAGCUCAAAAUGCAAAGGAGGGGGAGCAUCAUGGAACGGAAGGUCCAAAUGCUAUUAGUGUCUGUUUGUUCAUCGGGGCAAUUAGUACUAUCGGAGCGGCUUAUGCGACAAAGAAGUUGAGGGAUUUGCAGUAGGAAAGUUAAUGGUGCUUGUGAUAGGCGAUUGUAAGAUAAUAGUGGAAUUCAUUGGAUUGGGAUGAUAUUCAAAUUUGAGGGUAGCAUUGCAUGGCGUUUUGGAGAAGAUUGGGUGUAUGAGAUAGCUCAAAUUUUCUUGUGUCUCUUUCUUUUGCAAGGCGUUGGGAUUAGAUGGAUGGAUACUUGAAGGGCUGCUGUUGUAAAAUAAAUAUCUUUCCUUUGUUGCUUAUUGAGAUGCUAUAAGAGUGGUAGACUUAUAUAGAUAGUCUGAUGAAAUUCCAUGUAUGAAUGGUAGUUUUAUUUUUAU